AUGAAGAACAUCUUUGGAGUUCCAGGGGACUUCAAUUUGGUCUUGUUGGACAAGAUCGACGAUGUUCCAGGCAUGAAGUGGGUCGGAAGUGUCAAUGAAUUAAACGCAGGUUAUUCAGCUGAUGGGUAUUCACGUGUCAAGAAUGGCUUUACUUCAGAUGGAUCUUCAAUUGGUUGUGUCGUUACCACUUUUGGUGUGGGUGAGUUAUCGGCCAUCAACGCUAUCGCUGGUGCUUAUUCCGAACAUGUGGGCUUGCUUCAUGUUGUUGGAGUUCCAUCUACCGAUUCGCAAAAGAAGGAGUUGUUGUUGCAUCAUACUUUGGGAAACGGUGAUUUCACCGUCUUUGGUAAAAUUUCCUCCUUCAUUAGUGCCACCACCCUGGCCUUGUCGGAUCCUGCUACCGCAACUGCUGAAAUUGACAGAGUUAUCGAGUCGGCAUUUAUUAACCAAAGACCUACAUACUUGGCAUUCCCAUCUAAUUUCUUUAAUUUGAAAGUGCCAAAAAGCGAAUUGGAUAAGCCAUUGAAGUUGACUCCGCCACCUAAUAACGUCGAGGUGCAAGACGAAGUGGUUUCUGAGAUUCUCUCCAUGAUUGGGAAAGCCAAGAGACCAGUCAUCAUUGUUGAUGCUUGUUGCGGUAGACACAAUGCCACUUAUGAGGCAAACAAAUUCAUCCAGUUGACCAACUUUAACUUUGCUUGUACUCCAAUGUCGAAAGGUUCAAGAGAUAUCGAUGAGAAUGACCCAAGAUAUAUUGGUGUUUAUCUUGGCGAUUUGUCCUACCCUAGAUCCAAGGAGUUGGUUGAAAGCGCCGACUUGGUCUUGUCAUUUGGAGCCGUCUUGUCUGAUUUCAACACGGGCUCUUUUUCAUAUUCACUUCCCAACUCCAAAGUUGUCGAGUUCCAUUCCGAUUACACCAAGAUUAGAAAUGCCCAAUACCCCAAGAUUAGAAUGAAGGAGUUAAUUGGUAAAUUGGUUGCAUCACCCGAGUUGAAGAAGCUUACUGCUGACUAUAAACCAUUCCAAACGUCAUUGGACUUGAUACAACCAGUCAAAUUGCCCCAAGAACAUAAGAUCACCCAGGCUUGGCUCUGGUCGAACUUGGGUUCUUGGUUGAAAGAGGGUGACGUUAUCGUCACUGAAACCGGUACUUCCAACUUUGGAAUCAUUCAAACGAAAUUCCCCAAGAAUGUCAUUGGAAUAUCGCAAGUCUUGUGGGGGUCCAUUGGUUACUCGGUCGGUUCAGCUGCAGGUGCAGUCAUUGCCGCGGAAGAAGUUGACCCUACAAGAAGAGUCAUCUUGUUUGUGGGUGAUGGCUCCUUGCAAUUGACGGUGCAGGAAAUCUCAACCAUGGUGAGGAAUAAAAACAAGAUUUACAUUUUCGUGUUGAAUAAUAGCGGGUUCACCAUUGAGAGAUUGAUUCAUGGAAGAGAAGCUGGUUAUAACGCGAUCCAGGAAUGGGCAUACACUGAUUUGUUAAAGACAUUUAAAGCUACCGAGUUUGAAACUUUCACCGUGGGCAAGAUUGGCGAGAUUGAAAAAUUGUUUAAAGACGAUGCCUUUGCCGUCAAUGACAAGAUUAGAUUAGUUGAAAUCAAAUUGGAUACGUUUGACGCUCCAGAAAACUUGGUUAAACAAGCUGAAGCUUCUUCUAAAGUAAACGAUGGUUAA